GAGAUUUCAGUUUAGAGCAAAAAGCUUUUAUGUGAAUAGAUUUCAGUACAUCUCAUUUCUAUUUUUUGCUUUAAAGUGUUUUCUUUCUGUAACAGUUACGUUUUUGAGCCUUCAUGGAGUUUCUUACUAACACAGAAAAAUGGAUAAAAGAGAACAAACAAUAUUUUCUACCACCAGUUUGCAAUAAACUUAUGCAUAACAAACAGCUUAAGGUGAUGUUCGUAGGAGGACCAAACCAAAGGAAGGAUUACCACAUUGAAGAAGGCGAAGAGUUGUUUUACCAAGUUGAAGGAGAUAUGUGCCUGAAGAUAAUUGAGAAUGGAAUACAUAAGGAUAUUCACAUCAAAGAAGGGGAGAUGUUCCUCCUUCCGGCUCGAAUCCCACAUUCUCCUCAAAGAUAUGCAAACACAGUGGGACUUGUAUUUGAGAGAAGAAGGUUAGCCACAGAAAAGGAUGGACUUAGAUUUUACGUGGACAAUUCAACUGAAGUACUAUAUGACAGAUGGUUUUACUGUGAAGAUCUUGGCACACAACUUGUCCCAAUAAUUCAAGAAUUUUUCAAUUCAAAACAAUAUAAAACUGGCAAACCUGAUCCAGACCAACCAUUAGAGAAAGCGCCCUUUUCACUGAAUUCCAUGGAGGUUAUGAAGCCAUUUUCAUUUAAGAACUGGCUGGAAGCAAAUAACAAAGAAAUAAAUCAGAAAAAAGGCUUAAGUUUAUUUGAAGACUGUUACGAAACAAAGGCUGCAGUAUAUGGACCAGGAGAAAAUGAAAAACACAAAACAAACGCAGAUACAUGGAUUUGGCAGUUGGAAGGCAUGUCUAUUGUUACAAUUGGAGAUAAAACCAUGCAACUAAAUACUGGAGAUAGUCUUCUCAUCCAUGAGCAGUAUCAGUACACAUGGAGCAGACCAAAUGGAUGUGUUGCCUUAUGCGUUUGUCAGGAUCCUGAUUUAAAGAAGCCAUAUAUUUAACUAAAAAAAGAGAACAUUUUUGCUCUUUUGGAGAAAUUUGAUUGCAUUUUAAUUUUCUGAAAAGCACCAAAAUAAUGUUAUGUAAGUCAUAAAUAAAUGAGAUGAACACGUUA